UUGUAGGCAGUGUGGCGCUACAGAGUCAUCUAUCUGUAUUUUGCAUUAUUGCAUAGUUGACUUCAACUCCUUCGCUGGAACCAUGUCUUCUUCAUCAUACUUCUCAGAUUCCAAUCCCCAAUGGAUAUAUGACGUGUUCAUCAAUUUUAGGGGAGAAGACACUCGUAGGAAUUUCGUUUCUCAUCUCUAUUCUGCCCUCUCAAAUGCUGGAGUCAAUACUUUCCUUGACGAAAUGAAUUAUCCAAAGGGAGAGGAACUAAACGAAGGAUUAUUACGAACGAUAGAAGGAUGUCGGAUAUGUGUAGUUGUUUUCUCCACAAACUACCCUGCGUCUUCUUGGUGUCUUAAAGAGUUGGAAAAAAUCAUUGAAUGCCACAAAACUUAUGGCCACAUAGUUUUGCCCAUAUUUUACGAUGUUGAUCCCUCCGAUAUACGUCAUCAGCAGGGUGCUUUUGGGAAAAAUUUGAAAGCAUUUCAAGGAUUGUGGGGAGAAUCUGUGUUGUCGAGGUGGAGCACGGUACUCACCCAAGCUGCAAACUUCUCGGGUUGGGAUGUGAGCAAUAACAGGAACGAGGCUCAAUUUGUGAAGGAAAUUGUUGAAGAUGUUCUCACAAAACUAGACAACACAUUCAUGCCUAUCACUGAAUUUCCUGUUGGAUUAGAAUCCCAUGUGCAAGAAGUGAUUGGAUAUAUUGAAAAUCAGUCAACCAAAGUUUGUAUCGUAGGGAUAUGGGGGAUGGGUGGAUUGGGUAAAACUACCACAGCCAAAGCCAUCUACAAUCGAAUUCAUCGUAGAUUCACGGGUAGAUGUUUCAUUGAAGAUAUUCGAGAAGUUUGUGAAACAGAUCGAAGAGGGCAUGUUCAUUUGCAAGAACAACUUCUUUCAGAUGUCCUUAAAACAAAGGUGAACAUAAAAAGCGUUGGGAUAGGAAGAGCUAUGAUGGAGAGCAAACUUUCUGGAACAAAGGCACUCAUUGUACUUGAUGAUGUUAAUGAGUUUGGUCAGUUAAAAGUCCUAUGCGGAAAUCGUAAAUGGUUUGGUCAAGGAAGUAUAGUAAUCAUUACAACUAGAGAUGUACGCCUACUUCACAAACUUAAAGUUGAUUUUGUUUAUAAAAUGGAGGAAAUGGACGAAAAUAAGUCCCUUGAGCUUUUUAGUUGGCAUGCUUUUGGAGAAGCAAAACCAAUAGAAGAGUUCGAUGAACUUGCAAGAAAUGUAGUUGCUUAUUGUGGAGGACUACCACUAGCUCUUGAAGUCAUUGGUUCUUAUUUAAGUGAGAGGACGAAGAAAGAGUGGGAAAGUGUAUUGUCAAAACUAAAAAUAAUUCCCAAUGAUCAAGUUCAAGAGAAAUUAAGGAUAAGCUAUAAUGGCUUAUGCGAUCACAUGGAAAAGGAUAUAUUUCUUGAUGUAUGUUGUUUCUUUAUUGGUAAAGAUAGAGCCUAUGUUACAGAGAUACUAAAUGGCUGUGGACUACAUGCUGAUAUAGGAAUAACAGUUCUCAUGGAGCGUAGCCUCGUAAAAGUUGCAAAGAACAACAAACUUGGAAUGCAUCCAUUACUACGAGACAUGGGAAGAGAGAUAAUUCGUGAAAGUUCAACAAAGAAACCUGGGAAGCGCAGUCGAUUGUGGUUUCAUGAGGAUUCACUUAAUGUAUUGACAAAGAAUACUGGGACAAAAGCUAUUGAGGGAUUGGCUCUGAAAUUGCAUUCAAGCAGCAGAGAUUGCUUCAAAGCUUAUGCUUUUAAGACAAUGAAGCAAUUGAGACUAUUGCAACUUGAGCAUGUACAACUCACUGGAGAUUAUGGGUAUCUUCCUAAGCAUCUGAGAUGGAUCUAUUGGAAAGGAUUUCCUUUAAAAUACAUGCCUAAAAACUUUUAUCUGGGAGGCGUAAUUGCGAUUGAUUUAAAAGACAGCAAUCUUAGACUAGUCUGGAAAGACCCCCAGGUUUUGCCGUGGCUGAAAAUCCUCAAUCUUAGUCAUUCUAAGUACUUGACAGAAACCCCUGACUUUUCAAAACUACCAAGUCUUGAAAAGCUUAUUCUCAAAGAUUGUCCGAGUUUGUGCAAGGUACACCAGUCCAUUGGAGAUCUCCAAAAUCUUCUCUGGAUAAAUUUGAAGGACUGUACAAGCCUAAGCAAUCUCCCAAGAGAGAUAUAUAAGUUGAAAUCUUUGAAAACUCUCAUCAUAUCCGGUUCGAGGAUUGACAAAUUGGAAGAAGAUAUAGUGCAGAUGGAAUCCUUGACUACUCUAAUUGCUAAAGAUACAGCUGUGAAACAAGUGCCCUUUUCAAUUGUAAGAUUAAAAAGCAUUGGAUAUAUCUCCCUAUGUGGAUAUGAAGGAUUAUCACGUAAUGUUUUUCCUUCUAUCAUUUGGUCUUGGAUGUCACCAACAAUGAAUCCCCUAUCUCGUAUUCGUUCAUUUAGUGGCACUUCAUCAUCUUUAAUUUCCAUGGAUAUGCAUAAUAAUAAUUUGGGUGAUCUAGCACCAAUUCUUAGCAGCCUUUCAAAUCUUCGAAGUGUUUCAGUGCAAUGUCACAGGGGGUUUCAACUAUCUGAAGAAUUAAGAACAAUUCAGGAUGAGGAAUAUGGAAGUUACCGAGAAUUGGAAAUAGCAUCAUAUGUAUCACAAAUUCCAAAGCAUUACUUGAGGUCUUAUUUGAUUGGAAUUGGAAGUUAUCAAGAAUUCUUCAAUACCCUAAGCAAAAGCAUAUCUGAGGGAUUGGCAACCAGUGAGGUUAGUGAUGUUUUUCUCCCUAGUGAUAAUUAUCCUUAUUGGUUGGCCCAUAUGGGGGAUGGACAUUCAGUGUAUUUCACUGUGCCCGAGGAUUUUCACAUGAAGGGAAUGACUUUGUGUGUUGUUUAUUUAUCAACCCCUGAAAACACUGCAAUUGAAUGUCUUAUUAGUGUAUCAAUGGUUAAUUACACAAAGGGCACCAUCCAGAUAUUCAAGCGAGACACAGUAAUUUCCUUUAACGAUGAAGACUGGCAGGGCAUAAUAUCACAUUUGGGACCUGGAGACAAGGUGGAAAUUUGUGUGACUUUUGGGCAUGCAUUGCUGGUUAAGAAGACAGCUGUCUAUCUAAUAAUGUGCAAUGAAUCGAUUGACAAGGAAACCAUCCCUUCUCCUGAUCCAAAAGAAAAGCCAAAGAAAAAUGUAAUCGUAGGAUUCAUAAAAGAAAUUUGUAAUGUGUAAGAUUCAAGAAGAGUAGAGGUUUCAAUCAAUUUUUAAUGGGUAUGUCAAAGUCAUAGUAGUCUAGGAUUCUCAGACUUUUUCUUAGAGAGGAGGGAUACUAUGUUACAUUGAUAUGCAGGAGAAAUUCGUUGAUAACAUUCCUAAAAUCUUGUUAAGAGUUCUUUUCCCAUUGUGCCAGGCCUCAUGGUUUCUGGACAAGGUAUGAUGCAAUAGAAUCAUAGCAAAUAUUUGGUGGCCAA